UGCAGCCGCUUGUCAGUGUGACGAAGAUUGGCACCCAGGCAUACCUUCCUAGGAAAUGAAUACCAGAAGGAUAGUAUGACAAUUGAAAAGCUGGACCCUAUUUGCUAAGAAGAGAGAAAAGCAUUGAUUUCAAAAAAUUGAACCAAGAUAUGAUUUGACUUCAAAGCAUCUCAGUAACCAUGAUGGCAACGCAGACAUUAAGUAUAGACAACUAUCAAGAUGGACAACAACAAAUGCAAGUAGUAACAGAAUUAAAAACUGAGCAAGAUCCAAACUGCUUAGAAACAGAUGCAGGAGGAUUGAGUCCUUCCCCAGUUGAAUCUCAGACACCGAUGGAUGCAGACAAGCAGGCUAUUUACAGGCAUCCACUAUUUCCCUUAUUAGCACUGUUAUUUGAAAAAUGUGAACAAUCUACACAGGGUUCAGAAGGCACAACAUCUGCAAGUUUUGAUGUAGAUAUUGAAAACUUUGUUCGGAAACAGGAGAAGGAAGGAAAACCCUUUUUUUGUGAAGAUCCAGAAACAGAUAAUUUAAUGGUAAAAGCAAUUCAGGUUCUACGAAUUCAUCUGCUUGAGCUAGAAAAAGUUAAUGAGCUCUGUAAAGAUUUUUGUAGUCGCUAUAUUGCAUGUUUAAAGACUAAAAUGAACAGUGAAACUCUGCUAAGUGGGGAAUCUGGGAGUCCUUAUUCACCAGUACAACCCCAGUCCAGCAACUUUAAACAUGAUAAUGAUAGCUUGGAUUUGCUGGAGCAACUGUCUUCAUGGAAAGAGUCACCAGAAAAUCCAAUUCAAAGUGCCAUUACAGGUACACUAAGUCCCCAGGGGAUUGUGGUACCUGCAUCAGCACUGCAGCAGGGAAAUGUAACUAUGGCAACAGUUGCAGGUGGCACAGUAUAUCAGCCAGUAACAGUAGUCACACCUCAAGGACAAGUAGUAACACAAGCGCUGUCACCUGGAACCAUUAGGAUCCAGAAUUCACAGCUCCAGUUACAAUUAAACCAAGAUUUAAGCAUCUUGCAUCAAGAUGAUGGAUCAUCAAAGAAUAAAAGAGGUGUUCUUCCAAAACAUGCUACAAACGUGAUGAGAUCUUGGCUUUUCCAGCAUAUAGGGCAUCCAUAUCCAACAGAAGAUGAGAAAAAACAGAUAGCAGCACAAACAAAUCUUACCUUACUACAAGUUAACAACUGGUUUAUCAAUGCUAGAAGGAGAAUUCUCCAGCCAAUGUUGGAUUCCAGCUGUUCUGAAACACCAAAAACAAAGAAGAAAACAGCCCAAAACCGACCAGUUCAGAGAUUCUGGCCAGACUCCAUUGCAUCAGGAGUAGCUCAUCAUCAAUCAAAUGAACUUACUAUGUCAGAUGGAGCUGUUGUAACAAUUACAGCUCCCGUCAACAUGAAUGUAGACAGUCUCCAAUCGCUUUCAUCUGAUGGUACCACUUUGGCUGUUCAGCAAGUCAUGAUGGCAGGGCAAAGUGAGGAUGAAUCUGUAGACAGCACUGAAGAUGAUGGAACAGACCUCUCAACUACAAAUAUCAGUGGGCUGGUCUUGGAUAACAGUGAUUCUCUGCAAUAGGAAGCAAGAGGACCUUACCUAAAAUAUUAGGAAAGACAAUGGUCUGACUGACUUUUUAUAGUUUGCACAGCAAACAUUUUACACAAGUUUUGUUUCUAAUAUGUUUUAUAUGUAGAUAUAGAAGAGUGCACUUUUUUGUAUUUCAUAGUAAGCUUAAAGAGUGUCUUUGCAGGUGCAGCAACUUCUUUCAAAUGUGUUGUUUUUUGGUUUUAAUUUUGAAAAUCUAGUAAGUUAAACAAAUAAUCAUCCCAUUUGUUUUUCUAAAGUUAUAAUUCACGCACACAAAAAGCUGAGUCAAGCUGAAAAAAUGUGUAUAAUGGGGUUGCAGACAUGGGGUAAAAUGGUGGCUGCCUGGAAUGUGAGUUUUACAUUAGCAUGGAUUUAAACUUACUCAAGCCAGACAAUUACUAUGUUACUCAGUUCUUUACUGUUCUAUAGCAUCAUACUGUUAAGAUCUACAAUUUUCAAACAUAUAAAAUUGCACUGCUAUGGGAGAACUGAAAGUACUUUUUAUCUCGUUGAAAGUAACCAGUUUCAGUUCUGUCAUUUUAACAAAGGUGGUUUAACAAUGUAAAUGUAAAGCAUGUCAAACUAAAUGUAUGGGAUUUGUUUAUGAAGUUAGCCAUGUAGAUUUGAAAGAUGCUUCUGCACCUUAAAAAAAAAACGAAACUAAACUGCCUGUCUAAAGUGGGCAAUAUAAUACAAAAAGAAAAGAAAAAAAAGAAGUGAAAAUGUGUGAUUCCUAAAGAAUGCAUGACAUUUACUAUAAACUUAAUUCUUCAGGAGGAGUUAGGUGGACAACUGUAGAUCUCAUUGUACCUUUAAAAUUUGCUGUUGAUAUGGCUACCACAGCUUUUUUGUCAUCAAAUUUUCUCCCUUUUUUAUCCAUUUGCCCAGUGGCUCUUUUUCUUUUCUUUUCUUUUUUUCCUUUCUUUUUUCUUCCCUUUCUUUUCAACAAAUAAGGUGAGGAUAGAAUGGUAAUAAAAGAAAUAGAGGAGCCAGAAGAAGCCAUAAUUGUAGCUCUCUUCUGGUGGUACAUUCCAGUGUAGAAUUCAGCACCCCUAUGCUGUCUUAGUAAUAGUGGUGAUAUCACUGAAAAACUAAUCUCCACAAGUGUGGUAUGAUUGUCUACAAAAUGGAGUUUGACAAUACAUGUUUUCAAGAAAUUCUUCACAUGUACGAGAAGGCUUCCAACUGCUAACAGUCAUACUAUAUUCAAAGAUAACUGGCUGCUAGUUGACAUUAGAGCAUAAUCUAAAGAGUGGAAGGAUUAUUAAUUAUUCUUCAUGCAUUGAUUGUAAAUGGGAGUCUCUUACCUGAACUGGUAUUCUCUUAUCUCAGUUCAAGAAUACAUUUAAAGGUACAAGAGAUGCUAUAAGGUGUACUCUUAACCAGUGUGUCUGUCCAUUGUUUGCUAUAAAACACUUAUUUUUACCUUUAUCAGGAUUCUUGGAUGAAAAAUAUUUUUAUAAAUUCUCUAAGAAUUGGAUGGAUGAUUGUAUUAAGCAUGAGGAAAAAGUGUUUAGUACUACUAUUUGAAAAGUUAUGAAAAUUGUCCAAAUUGAAUAAACAUGCCUAUGUGACAUCCUAUGUUUCUCUGCUCUCCCAUAAUGGUACAAUUCAUAGUAAAAUAUUAAGCAUUAUUCCUUAAUGGGAAGCUUGGAUACUGGUCAGCACUUUGUUAUUUCAUACGAACUACCAUUCAAAUUUCUGUCCAUAUUGAAUGCUGUCUCACAAGAGUAGCUUUUUUCAGCCUGUGCUUUCUGGAUGUUUUGGGUCUUUUAAUUCCCAGAAAUACAAGCCAACAGCAUCUAAACUAUGAUGGCUGGAAAAAUCUAUAAAUUGCAAUCCCAGUAAAGAGCCCCAGUUUGGGAAGACUGCUGAACAGUGAUAUUCAGGUAAAUAAAAACACACAGUCUCUAUUAUAGUUUUAAAAACUCUCAACAGAACACAUACUUCACAUUAGUUGACAGUGUGCAGAUAUUUUCUUCUGGAUAAUCUGUAAUUUUUUCCCACUUCACUGCAUCCCAAAUGUUAUGUAUUCUACAGCUUUGAUACAAAUAAGGUAAGAUAAAGUGUCCUUUGAAUUAAGCUGGAUUCUGGUGAUUUCAUGAACAUGUCCAUCAGCUUUCAUGCACAAUAUCACAGUGGUUCAAUUACUUUCUUCCAGCAUACUUUUUUCCUUCCCUAGUAACCUAUAGCUGGCAUUUCCUGCCACUUUUUCAUCCAAAUACAAACUGGUCCAUUUCUUUAGCUUUUUUAGAUCAGCCAAGAUAAAAAAGAUACAGAUAAAAAUAGAUUUCUCAGGACAAAUAAUUUUCUCCCAAAAUAUUGGACUUGCAAUGAUAGAAGUAAAUUAGUGUCCUAGAUUAGAUUAUCAUCAUAACUCAUAACAGGAAAAGGGGAAACACACUACUUUCAUUUUCCCAGAUUCAGAAUACAAUAAACACAAAUAUGGGUAGCCAGUUGAAAGAUCACAAAUUUAUAUCAAGAUAGUCUGGCAUGUUUCACUGUCUUGAGACCUUAGAAGCUAGAGCUGAUAUUGCAUUGGUUCUUAUGAUUGUGUGAAAGUUAAACUCAUUAUUUCUCUUUCCCUCCCUGUUUUAUUAGAUUUUUAUUUUUAAAUAAACAUUAUUU